AUGACGCACACCAACACCACAGCCAAGACCACCAACGGCGACCUUAACGGCGACCUCGACCUCACUAUACCGCAACGACAUCGUGCCGCCAUCUACGACAAGCCCGGCACUAUAAGCACCAAGUUGGUUGAGGUCGAUACUCCGGAGCCUGGGGCCGGUGAGGUGCUGAUCAGACUCACCCACUCGGGCGUUUGCCAUUCCGAUCUCGGUGUGAUGACGAACUCGUGGGAGACGUUACCUAAGCCUACGCCGGCAGGUCAGAUUGGAGGCCACGAGGGCGUGGGCCGAGUGGUCAAACUGGGCCCAGGAGUCGAGAGCUCGGGGAUCAAAGUCGGCGAUCGAGUGGGUGUGAAAUGGGUGGCUAGUGUAUGCCACCGCUGCGCCCCCUGCCUCGCCGGCGUAGAUGGACUCUGUAUCAACUCCACCGUGUCGGGAUACUUCCGACCCGGGACGUUCCAGCAGUACGUAGUAGGAGCAGCCGACUACGUGACGCCGAUUCCAGAGGGGUUAAGUUCGGCGUCGGCGGCACCGAUGCUCUGCGCCGGCGUGACCAUGUACGACGCGCUCAAGAAAGCCCAAGUCAAGGGCGGCGAGUGGGUGGUGAUCUCAGGGGCGGGCGGCGGACUCGGCCACAUCGGCGUGCAGAUUGCGGCGCGAGGGUUGGGUUUGCGGGUGAUCGGCAUCGACCACGGCUCCAAACGCGGCCUGGUCGAGGCGUCCGGGGCCGAACAUUUUCUCGACUUCCAGCAGUUCGCCGGCGACGACAUCGUGGCCGAGGUCGUGCGUCUGACCGGCAUUGGCGCCCACGCCGCCCUCGUCGCAAACACCAGCAACAAGGUCUACGAGCAGGCCCUGCAUUACCUGCGCUUCAACGGCACCCUGGUCUGUGUCGGCGUGCCUGAGGGCGUGGCCCAGCCCAUCGCUAGCUGUAAGCCUGGCUAUCUGAUGGUUCGCCAGCUGACCGUCGCGGGGGCUUGUGUCGGCAACAGACGCGACGCCCAGGAGGUUUUGGACUUUGCUGCGCGUGGAGUGGUGGAUCCGCAUCAUACGUUGGUUCAUCUGGAUAAGUUGACGGAGGUGAGUGUAUUUCUGUUCUGUCUCCUGAUUUCCUACCUUGGUGAUCUUUGUCUGUCCUAA